ACUCGGGGCUGGGUUUAAAGGGCCAGUUGCGUGGCAAACUUACCUUAAGCAAAUCGCUGUCUUUCCCUCCUCUGUCUGUAGACUGGGUUUGGUAAACUUAAUAUGGGACAGCGGUGGGGGCGGCGGCAGCAAGAGCUGCUGCUGUUUUGCUACUUCAUGCUUGUGUUGAGGAGCUGCGCUGGAACGCAAAAGGAGAACGAAGAGGAGCGACUACCCACCAAAUGCGAAGUGUGCAAAAUACUGAGCUUGGAGCUUCAGGGAGAGCUGAAUCGGAGCAGCCAGUCUCGGGAAUUGCUAGAACUAGGCCAGGUACUAGACACUGGCAAGAGGAAGAGACGAGUCCCCUACAACACUUCGGAGAUUCGUCUGGAGGAGGCCCUUGAAAAGUUAUGUGAACGGAUUCUGGAUUAUAGUGUCCAUGCUGAGCAUAAGGGCUCCUUAAGAUAUGCUAAGGGUCAGAGUGAGACCAUGGCAACCUUGAAAGGCUUGGUACAGAAGGGUGUGAAAGUGGAUCUGGGAAUCCCUUUGGAACUGUGGGAUGAGCCCAGUGUGGAGGUUGCAUUCCUCAAGAAGCAGUGUGAAAUGAUGUUAGAGAGAUUUGAAGAUGUUGUUGAAGACUGGUACUUCCACCAUCAGGAGUUGCCGCUACAGCAGUUCCUCUGUGAGGGGCAUGUGCUUGGGAAGGAAGAGGCAGAUUGUCUUCAGGAAACCUGGACUGAGGAAUCAAAGGGAGAACAGAAUGAGAAGGGCCUGGAAGAAAGCCUAGGACACCACCCCCAUGAUGCUGCAGAUCUCUGACCAGAGUCAGGCCUAAUAUCACCUCCUUUUUUCUUAGAUCACCUUUAAAGUUUUUAUAUACACAAAUAUGUACAUACAUAUAUAUCACAUAGAUCUGAAGAUGAUGGCACCUUUACAGCUGUGUUUUUUGCCUGGCCACAUUUGGAGAUUUUAUCUACUCAAAUGUGGCUACCGGCUAUGGUAGCCCCUAAGGUUGGAGACCACAGAAAUGAGUGUCAGGGCAAGGCCAUGGUAUUUUGAAAGGAAUUUUGGAGCUCCAAGAUGUUUUCAGACUUGCACCUGUACCAGCACCUACCCUGCCCAUGUUUCUAGUGGGAAGUUUACAAGGCCUGUACCAUCUUGGCAGAUAAACUUAUGGAGGUCACUAACCAUUGGUGCUUUUCUGUGUGCUACGGUGGGGAGGGGGCGAGGAGUGGACAUUAGGAUGGAGUCUAUGGAAGGAGAAAGCAACCAAUCUAUCUAGAGCCAUGUGGGCAAACCUCUGGCAUGUGUGCUGGAGGGGGCUGCUCCCCUCCCCCUCUCCACAUGCCUGAGGACAUUUCCCACCCCUCUGCCUAGCAACUCAAUGGAAGUGCUUACUCCCCCCUCUAUCUGGGGUAAGGCAGGGCUCACAAGAAGCCUGAGGGUUGCAGUUUGGGCACUUGGUCACUAAUAAAAGUUUUGCCAUCACUAACUUAAAGUUCAUGGCCAGAAGUGUUCUAGGCUGGGGGAGAAGAGUGUAAAAGGCACUGUAACUGGCUAUUUAUAAAACUCUUCCAACCACCCUGGUCAACCCUACUCCAGCCCUAUGGGAGGGCCCUCUCUUAUUCCCAAUUGAUUUAUCCUUUCUGCAACAAAAUGGGAUCUUUGACACUCCUACCUCUCUUCCCCAGCCUUCAAUUCACUUUUCCCUCUCACUUGCUAAGAUAAAGGUCAUUAACUAUUUUUGUUUCACUGACUCCUUUGGCAGAUUGUAAAGCCUCUAGAUCCCAUCUCAGAAUAUUGUUUUUAAAUGCAUAAAAAAUGCAUUGGAUUACAAAGGAAGCCAAUUA